AUGCUCAGCACCUUUGGAGAUUUAAACAACUGCUCACUAGCGCAAGGAAACUGUAAUACCCCCACCGGAAUGGUAAUAUGGGAACCCAUGGAAGUGAUCCCUUGGUGCAAAUAUAAUGCUAUCGGAGAAUUCAACGCUCUGGUUAGCAUAAAGUACGUCCUCGUACCCGACCAUGAGUUAGCCUUUGAUUUAAGCAACAACCACCUCCUCCGCUUGCGGUUGCUACAGCACUGUAACAUACCAAACAGCUACCUCACUAAUUCAAAUCACAUACUUUCUUUCCCAGACAUCCCAUCUCACAUGAUGAUCCAGGAUUUCAUCGUGGAAACUUCCGCUAAACAAAGGAAAAGGCGCGGCGUCAAAUAUCUAGUCGACAACGAAAACCGUCGCUCUCGCUUCGAAAUAGUUCCCGCGCGAACCCUACUCAUGACGCGAAAAUUGUUCGGCACCGCCGAGUUUCAAAGGUUACCCCAAUUUGAAACACAACCUAUAACCGAUCACCGACUACUAAGGGAAAUUAAACUAUGGAAAGUCACCAACCAAGAUUUCUCCCAACGAAGUAGGAUGUACGCUUUGGAAAAUACCCGCAUAAGCGUCCUGCGAACAAUCCGCUAUGCAGAAUACCGAUACCACCAGCUUGCCUUCCUUGAAGAUAUACAAACUAGAAGACCUCUGAAUUACGCUGAGCUCGCACUAAAACAAGACCUAGAACAAGGUAUAACUGAUAUAUUCGACCCAUACCUAUCACGCGAGUUCGGAGUGCUUGGAAUUGACCUUGGUCGAGACCCCAGCAAACUCAGAGAAAAGCCCAUACCAUUCUUCCGAGAGAAAGAUCUGGAUAAAGUCGACAUCAAGACUUUAGGUUUAGAACCCAUUACUCACCCAGAACCUCUACCUAGCAAAACUAGCUCGUCUCCGGUCACAAGGCCUUCUACGUUCUAUCCACCGGUUAUGAUAACGACAAAAAGAACCCUUCCGGCUUACAUACCCACCAAGAAGCCAAUUUUUGUCAUUCCGAACACGUCCACUAUCACCCCUCGUACCUCACGAACUUGGCCAUCUGCCCCUAGUACGACAACAACCACAGAAACACCAAGAAUAGUCGAUCCUGUACAUCUGACUUGGCCACCUACUCCCAGUACGACAACUACCACAGAAGCGCCAAGAGUAGCCGCUCCUGUAUAUCUUAUACACGAGACAAAAACUAUAGACGCAAUUGCACGCACUCCGCCACCACUGUCUCACACAUUCCCACACAAUCAAGCCACCAUCAAAACCUUCUCAAGUCAUCCCACAACUCUCACCUAUCCUACGAAUCCUAUAACCACGUCAACGAUCCAUCCAACAACAGCGAAGCCAACAUCAGCUUAUGAAAGGCUCUAUCACCCGCCGUCCUUCCAAACCCCAGAAACGCGACCCGAUAGAUCAUCCCGGCCACCCUUAGCCGAAGACGACCAACCCGAACCCAGAAACCUUAAUCCUCAACCGUCAAUGCAAUUUCACUAUCAUGAAAAUACCCUACGACAAACGUUCAAUAACAUUUGUAUAAGGCAAUAUUUGAAUAACCAACGACUUCACGAGCUCAGUCAUGUCGAUCCCACUUGGGCAGCACGACUAUUGCUCAGAGAUACGAACGUUGUCGCCACCCUAUCGGACAACGAACUCCUAGUGACCAGAUGUAGAAAAGUUGAACCAACCCAAACAUUUCCAAGUCACCAAGUCAAUAACACCUGCUAUGAUCUUCUACCCGUCUUGGUUGAAGAUCAACUGUGGUUUGCAAUCCCUGCCACAGGAGAUUUGGUUCAAACUGCGACAACAAUGCCCUGCCCUUAUAUCUCCAAUGUCGAUCCCAGUCUAGUUCAACAAAUAUUACCACCAAAUGUACUUCCAAACAUAAACGCAAAACCUUUCUUAUUUAACCCGCCGCCUAUUUACCAUCACCUCAUACAAAACUACGCCCCGACCACUAGAUUCCAAAUCGAUUACCUGCAGCAAGAAUACGCAGCCUUACAAAAUCGAUUACAAAAACGAGGGAUCAUAGAAGAUACCAUGCUCAAAAUCAAGGACGCGGGGAAUUCCUUGAAAGACUCUCUGUCCUCAAUCUACACCAAAACAACUGAUAAAUUGACCGCUGGCGUAGAAAGCAUUAGAUGGUCCAUGAUUUCGCUCUUACUCUGGGUAACCAUCCCCACAUUGGUAAUCAUCAUUCUCAUUGCAUGUUGUGUCUGCUUCGUGAAGAUCUAUUUUAUACGAAAAGCCUCUAGUUCUGCCGCAUCCGCCAUGGUAGACUUAGCUAGCAGUCUCUCGAGAAGACGACUAGCCAGGCGUCAGCACGAAAUAAAUGCUCUUAUGGAGGAGCAAAACAACGGAAAUCAACCAAAUUCCCUUUUCGUGCCACGCAUCUACUCCAUCUUUUCGCAAGUCAAUUCCAUCAAAAGUCCAUUACCAUACGUAAGGAUAACCCUCAACCGUUUCUCCACUCCAGCGCUCAUCGACAGCGGCGCUACAAUAUCUUAUAUGAAGCAAUCCACGCUAUACGCGCUAGGACCCAAUGUAAACAUCGACAACAAUCACGUAAAAGCGCAAGCCGCCAAUGGAACUCAAAUAGAGCUCUUAGCGUCCGCAAUCGUAAAUGUCCAAGUAGGAACCCAUAUCAUACAACAUCGCUUCCUGGUGUCGCAAGAUUGCCAGUGCCCAGCGCCAGUUCUUCUGGGAACUGAUUUCAUCAAGAAACUGAACCAAUUAGGUCUCAAGGUAACCAUAGACCUACACAACAACUUACUUACGAUUGGCAGCGAUGCGCAUGACAUGGUCCAAAUAAACGCCAUUAAUUUCCUUGAAGUCAAACCCAAUGAUGUACGACUCUCCCAGACGACCAUUCUGCCAAAAAGAUCUUCAUCCAUUGUGCCGGCGUACAUCGAUCCUUACGAUCCCAGCAACCUAUUUGACUUCAUCAUUGAAGACAACCACAGAGAUCUAGACCUUCUAUACGUUGUUGGCCGAUCUUUAGUGAGCCCCAACCCCAACGGGGCAUGCCUCGUGAACAUCCUAAACCCAUCCAACACCGAUAUGAAGCUUUAUGGUCGUAUGAAAAUUGCUCACGCUACACCCGUUUCCUCUCCACUCGAACAGAUUCUCACCGUUCAAGGCGAGUACAUACCUCCCGAAGCAAACUGGGAAGAAAGGAUUCCUCACUUCCCAAUUCCCUGGGCUCCAACCUAUGAUAUCGCUUCCGAAAUAAACCUAACCAAGUCCGCGCUAACAUCGCAGCAAAAAGAACAUUUGUUAGCCAUAGUAUCGUCCCCAGAGGACAUUUCUUCUGCUGAAACUCUUCUCGCUGUACCCAUAAUAUCUGAAUUAAACUCGAUUGUAUCCUAUUCCGUUUUUUCCCCUUCCCAAAUUAACGACUUCGGAAAUAUCACAAACCCUUCUGAGAAUAUCGCAAAUCCUCCGGAAGGCAUCACUCCUUCCCAAGCUAACGAUCCUGACCGUACCAUAACCCCUCCGCAAGGAACCACUCCUUCCACCAUAGCCAUCCAUAUGCCAGAACCAGCCUCUCAACGCUUUUAUCGCCGUAGAAGACUCUCCACUACACCCAAACCUCUUAUCAAAAGGUCACUGUGCACUCCUACUCCACCACCGCGCAACUGGGAGAAACCUACUGGAGCUAUCCCAAGCUUAAUCAAACUAUGCCUUUCUCCAAGACCUCCGCCGCGAGACGAACGUCAAUUCUAUUAUAAGUUGAAACACCAAUACCGUGGACCCACACAACGACGCUGUUUCAACCCAAUCAUGACACCUCAAUGUCUCCUCUGUCAUCAAUCUACCCAUCGUACGCGGGACUGAGGGGAGACUACCGGUGCAGGAGGUUCUACCGCCGCAGGAGAAAGCACUACUGCUGCCGAAAGAGCGACGACAGGCGGAACAGGCACAGGUGCAGAGACUACGGGAGCAGGAGAAACAGGUGAAACCACGGCAGCUGGUAGUGGCGGAACAACAACAGGUGGAACUGGCGCUGGUGAAACUACAACUGCUGCUGGAGAAAAAACAACCGAAACUCCUGUACCUCCAGCGAGUGGGGCAAGACUCCCAGCAAUAACAGAUGGUGGAGAAACCUACGCAGAGGAUCAAGGGAAAGCUGAUGCUCUGGGGCUCUUUUUUGCUAAAGUAUUCGACCACACUUCACAGGAUAUUGAUACAGUCAGGCAACCGUAUCCAGGAGUCUUAUCAGUACUUGCCCAGGGACAAGUGGUAAAGAGGAACGGUGUCUACAUGCCUACAGCUGCGAAUAUGCAGAAAUUGAAAUAUGACUGCGAUCUUGAACUUACAGCACGCGACCGUGCUGAGGCGUGCGAGGCGUUGGGAAGUGAAGCAAACACCGCGGAUUAUCAAGAAAACAGAUAUUAUAUUCCAAAAUCAGAUGUCGCAUCUGCCGAAGCGCCUAGAGUGGACGCCAUGGCCGCGAGUAUAAAAGAGUGGUGGAAACGGGUGAGACUAGAUGAGCCUAUUGGGCUGCAAUGUUAUUUCAGAGCCAAACAUGAAAGUCUUCAAAUGGCUUGGGCUAACACGAACAAAAUGGGUUGCACGGUUCAAGAAUGUGGUGACCAAUGGCAUGCUGUAUGCCUGUAUAGCCCACCUGGAAACAAAGUCGAAGAAAGGAUUUACAUACCCGGAACUACGUGCACCAUGUGCCCGGCUGGAACGUCCUGCGACGGCUCUCUUGGACUCUGCGUGGCUCCUGGAUCAUAA